AUGGAACCACGAGGCCCGGCGCUCUCGUCGCUACUGUCGACCCGAGGGCCGAUGCUCGCGAGUCCGCGCGUGGCUCCUCUGGCCAUCUCCCCGACUUCCCCGCUGGCUGCCGUCUCGCUGGACGCAACGUUUAGAACCUGCAGCAACAUCUCCAGUAUGAGGACGGCUGCAGCCUCCAGCCCCACGCUAGCGGAUCUCCUCGUCCGACCGGAGGAGAAGAAGCUGCAGCACACCAGCAGCCACUUGCGCCUGCAGCUGCAGUGGUCCAGCGCCUACAAGAUGCAGCUGCUGGUCGUGCGCAACGCCGUCGUCUGCUGCGUCUGCGCGGCCGUCACCAACGGCGCCUUCUGCGUGGGCAACUCGCUCCACGAGUUCGUCAUGACCACGCUGCUCUGGAUGGGGCUCUCGUACGCUGUGGUGCUCACCGUCGCCCACGUGCCUUUGCUCAUGACCCAGCGUUUCCUCGAGUUCCCCAACACGCACCCAGGGUUCUGGUUCUGCGUCAAGAAGCUCCUGAGCAAGUCGUGGGUCUCUCUAGCUGCGACACUGACAGGUAUGGGCGCGGUGGGUCUAGUAGUGCAGAACACGUCGCUCAUGACGGAGCACUUCCGGUACAGAGCGCACUUCUACCUCGCUGUCGCGUGCAACCUCACGUUCACAGCGGGGCUGACGCUGGCGGUGAGGAGGACGUACUACGAGGAGACGCACCAAGGGCGCAAUCGUCGCUGUGCAUUGAAUAACCUGUCCGAGCCUCGCUCUCCCGUGACUUCGACAACUCGAAAUCCUCAUCAGAAACCAAAUCCAAAACCUCAUCGGCCUCCACGGUACCAAACGCCGAGUUUCUGGCGUGAAACUCUCAACCAACUACCGAACGCCGUCCUGAUCCUUCUGGCUGGCGGCUACGUCCACGCAGUGCUCACGUUGUGGCAGACGAUUCAAGACCGAUUUUCCGUGAUGGGGUUCACAGUCUUUGGUGUCGUCCUCAAACUCGCACUGCAAGAAGCAGCACGCCACUACGUCCUCAAGAAGCGCAUCCUCGCGGAUCGUUCUACUCGCACUACCAACUCGUCUCUCAUGACCGGAACUUUUGGGAUGGCCAUGGCUGAGGUCAUGCUCCGCGCGACCAAAGCUGCGCUCGUAGUGUGGGCUACUCGCCGUCGCUCCCGAGUUUUAGAGGGGAAACUGCAACAAAUUACGCUGGAGCGCUCACGACGGAAUACUGGGGCAGCGCCUGGACGAGUGUCUUCCUUCUUGCCCUCGCCCGAGUCCGUGAAGCUGGAGUACGAACUCUGGAAGAAGCAAAUGCUGUCGUACCACACGGCCGAAUACGCCGAGUACAUUGCGAUCGGCUGCUCCCAGUCGAUCGUGUUCUGGUGGUUCGGCCACCCGCUGUACCCGACGCUGCAGCGAGCGGUCAUGUCGGAGAUCGACGUGGCGAGGUGGCGAUUCAACCAGGUGGUCAUGUUGGGCUUCCAGUCGUUCGUGGAGGUGUUCGUGGACUGGGGAUGGAGAUGGCGGCGGGCAUCGAGCUCGACCGGAUCGAAAAUCUCAGUACAUUCCUCUGUUCAUGACGGUGGCAGUCGUCAACAUCAACAUCUCGAGCGCAGUCUAUCUCGGCUGGGCAACGAUUUUGUCUCGCUUGGGCGCUGA